AAACUCGUUCCUAAUUUUUCUCCCCCUUGCUCCCAAAGUUCACCUCUUUUGCUGCACCAGUCGUAACUCCUCGGCAUUACACUCCAUCAAGGCUCGUUUGCAGAGAGGCCUGGAUAAGCACAUGACGGAUGAUGGAGACUCCCGAUAGCAAAAAGAGAACUCGAAGCGACGAUGAUGAACUCUCGAUCCGCUCGAAACGACAUCAAUCGAAUAAUGGCGACCGGCAAAGCCUUGCCCACUGUGACUACACCGUUGGCUGGGUUUGCGCUCUCCCCAUCGAGAUGGCUGCGGCAAAAGCUAUCCUAGACAGCAUUCACGCCCCCCUGCCCCGCAAGGAAGGCGAUAUCAAUACCUACGCCUUCGGUCGCAUUGCUGGGCAUAAUGUUGUUAUCGCAUGCCUUCCAGCGAACCAAUACGGCACGAACAACGCCGCUACAGUGGCCAGCAAUAUGAGUCGAAGCUUCUCCUCCAUCACCAUUCGAUUGAUGGUUGGAAUUGGUGGCGGAGUGCCCGAUGGCGGGAUCGACAUACGAUUAGGAGAUGUUGUAGUCGGGAAUGAAGUGAUGCAGUACGACUUAGGCAAGGUCUUGCCUGACGGCCAGUUUCAGCGAACAGGCCGCAUUACCACACCCCCUCACACGAUCUUGACGGCUGUGUCCAAGCUACAGGCAGAUUAUGAAAAUGCGCCCAGCAGGAUUCCCAGCAUCCUCCACGACAUGCUCGACCGAAACGAACAAAUGGCCUCAUACGCCCGACCUAGGCUGCCAGAUCGACUGUUUCGUCACACAUACAAGCAUACGCAAGAGAUGGACAGCUGCGAGCGCUGUGACCUAUCAGAGGUCCUAGAACGACCUCAUCGGGAGACCGCGAAACCCAGAAUCCACUAUGGCAAAAUUGCAUCUGGCAACCAGGUCGUCAAGGAUGGUGAAAGCCGUGCUAAGAUGGCGGAGGCACUUGGCAUCAUCUGCUUUGAGAUGGAGGCUGCAGGGCUGCAUGAUUUUCCUUGCCUUGCCAUUCGCGGCAUUUGCGACUACUCAGAUUCUCACAAGAACAAGGCCUGGCAGAAGUAUUCCGCUGCUGUCGCUGCUGCAUACGCCAAGGAACUCCUGUCCGUCAUACCUACACAGCAACCGAAGGAUACUGAAGCGACAUAUGCUACAACAGACCCAGCAUUGCUCCAGAGUCGAAUGGAGGCAGUGUUGGGCUCAUUAACGUUUGAGCAAAUCGACGCGCGCCAUGCGACAAUCAAGACUCAACAUUCCAAAACUUGCCAAUGGUUUCUUGGCCACCCAAAGUACGUCGAGUGGCUAGAACCAAUCCAUUUUGCCAGUCAUCAUGGAUUUCUGUGGAUCAAUGGAAAGCCCGGCGCUGGGAAGUCAACAUUGAUGAAGUUUGCCUAUACCUACGCGAAGAACAGGUGGAAAGCAGCAUCCGACGCAACCGUCAUCUCUUUUUUCUUCAACGCCCGAGGCGUUCAUCUGGAAAAGUCAACAGAGGGCAUGUAUCGGUCCUUGCUUUUUCAAGUCAUUCAGAAAUUUGCGGACGUCCUACACGAUUCAGACCACAUCUUCCAAGCCAGGCACAACCAAGCUACCUGGGAUAUCGAAACGCUACAGGCUGUUUUCACCCAUGCGGUUACCAAACUUGGCCAGCGACAGGUCACUUGCUUCAUCGAUGCCCUUGAUGAAUGUGAUAUAUCCGAGGUUGAGAAUAUGGUCGAAUAUUUCGAAGAACUUGGAGAUCAAGCUGCCGAAAGCCAAACGAAAAUUUACAUUUGUUUUUCCAGUCGCCACUAUCCGCAUAUCGAGAUACGCAACGGAUUGAAGCUCACUCUAGAGGAUCAGCCAGGCCAUGGCGAAGACCUUGAGAAAUAUGUCCGAAGCAAACUACGAGCCGGCAACAGCAAAGCGUCCCAGGAGGUCUCUGCCGAAAUCCUAGAGAGAGCAUCAGGAGUUUUCCUGUGGGUAGUACUCGUCGUUGACAUACUUAACAGAGAGUUCCGCGAUGGUCGCAUAUGGGCAGUAAAGCGGCGACUGAGGGAGCUACCCGAUGGACUUAGUAACCUUUUCAAGGAUAUACUUUGCCGGGACAACCAGAAUAUGGACGACCUGUUACUUUGCAUCCAGUGGAUCUUAUAUGCAGCAAGACCCUUGACAUGUGAGGAGUACUACUUUGCCCUCGUAUCAGGUCUUGACCCAAGCCCUGAGAACUUGGUUAGGUGCGAUCGAGAAUCCACUACCACUACAGCCAUGGAGCUGUAUCUUCUUAGCUCGUCGAAAGGCCUUGCCGAACUUGUCAAGUCGAAGAAGCGAACUGUGCAGUUCAUUCAUGAAUCGGUACGCGAUUUUCUCAUCAAGGACAACGGGAUUCGUCAGCUAUGGCCCAAUCACGCAGCGAACUUUGAAAGCUACAGCCACGAUCGAUUGAAACAAUGUUGUGAUAAUUAUUGCAACAUUGACAUUUCCGAAAUCGUACCCCAGGGCGAGCCUCUGCCUACCGCAUCGUCAAAGCUGGCAAAAGAGUUACGUACUCGGGUCUCAGAGGAGUUCCCAUUUCUUGACUACGCGACACGACAUGUUCUUCAUCAUGCCAAUUCCGCCGAGGACGAUAUUCCUCAGAUUACAUUCUUGAACAACUUCGCAUUGAAGCGCUGGGUUCAUUUGUCCAACUUGUUUCAACAGUAUGAAGUUCGUCGUUACACACCCGAGGCUUCUUUAGUUUACAUACUUGCUGAGCACAACCUACCGUCUCUUGUCCGAUCUGCAGUUGACAACGGAUUUUAUGCUCAUCCGAAAGGAGAGAGAUUCAAAUACCCUCUUUUGGUUGCUUUGAAAAAUGGCCAUGAGGAGGUACUCAAGGCACUUCAGCCUCAUUGCGAUGCCUCGGACAAGAUUUUUGAUCAAAACGAUUACGAAAAAGUGUUCUCGGUUCCAAGAACUACGACCGUGCUCCAUUACGCUGCGGAGCACGGCAAUCUAUUACUCUUAACACACUUACUCGGGUUCAUGACACCAAAAAUUAACGCACGAGAUAGAAAGUUUGGCCAUAUUCCUUUGAGUUAUGCAGCGGUCAAUGGUCAUGAAGCUUGUUUACGAGCGCUGCUCUCCUGCGGUGCCUACAUCGAGGCGCCGGACUAUGAUAGCCGGACGCCGCUGAUGUAUGCUGUAAUAAACAGGAAUGAGGCUGUUGUGCGGCUGCUACUUGACUGGGGCGCGCAGAUUGAGGCGGCUGAUGAAGAGGGUCGGACGCCGCUGUCGUAUGCCGCUGAGAAGGGGAGUAAGGAUAUUAUACAGCUGCUGCUGGACCGGGGCUCGCAGAUUGAGGCGGCUGAUAAAGAGGGGUCGGACGCCGCUGUCGUAUGCCGCUGAGAAGGGGAGUAAGGAUAUUAUACAGCUGCUGCUGGACCGGGGCGCGCAGACUGAGGCGGCUGAUGAAGAAGGCCGGACGCCGCUGUUGUAUGCCGCUAAAAACGGGAAUGAGGCUGUUAUGCGGCUGCUACUUGACUGGGGCGCACAGACUGAGGCGGCUGAUAAAGAUGGCUGGA